CAAAUAAAAUAAAAAUUUCGUUACAAUUAAAAAUAUAUCAUUUUACACAUUUAAAAUUGCAACUUUCAUUAUGCGGGGUUAUGUAUUGAUUGUGUUAUCAUGUGUUUUAACAAACAUAAUCAUAUGUGACACUGAAAUAAAGGAUACGGACGAACCGACCAAUACAGUGAAAGUAGAGAUACAGUCCAACGAGGUUACAACGAAGUCCAUUGUGACGAGUAAACCAAAACCGCAUUCACGGGCUAUACAACGGUGUCCGGCGGAGGCGGCACUCAAGCCGUGCACAUGUCUUCACCGGCAAAAUCUUGUGGUAUGCGAUGGCGACCAGGAGUUUGAAUUGAGCGCUAUUGUGACGGCUCUCACGUCCGCGAAUGGCAGCAAUCACUACAAACUUUUACAUUUCAUGCCCAAUAAGUUGACCGAAAUGAGCGCAAAUACGUUUAAAGACCUAACGUUCAACGGUAUAUGGCUUAUGGGCGCCCAAAACCUUAAGACAAUACACGAGAAUGCGUUCGCCGGCACCGACACCGUCACCACUCAUCUCGUCCUAUCCUACUGUCCAUCACUGGACUCGACAAAUAUAUUUACCAUCAUCAAUAAGUUUGUCAACAUUAGGCUUAUAUCAUUAACUGAAAUGAACAUCGAGUCCAUCCCUGGCCAGGCGUUCGGCCCAUUGAAACAUUUAACUAUGCUUUCAAUAACGGAUACUAAACUAAAAACAAUUGGCGAAAAGCCUUUCUUGGCGUUAAACUCGUUGAAACUAUUGACGUUUAAGGACACGUCUAUCGCACGGAUACCCCGCGAUGUACUCGUAUUUAGCAUUAAUUACGACAUCCCUUUGCACAUAACCCUAAUGGAAAAUCACUUGCUGUCCAGCGCCAGCUUUGAUGCCGAUUCCCUGACAUCAUUGGGCAGACCAACCGGUAUAUCUCUGGUUCCGUACAGCAAAAACCCGUAUCAGUGGAAAUAUUUGAGCGAGACUAUUUUUAAACCAUUUUUAUCGGUACAGAAGGUAGAGAUUGCGUGGGAGAGUCUUGCAAUCAUCGGACUGACGGCCAUACUAUCUGUGUGGCCAUCGGCCGGACACGAGUGCCCGUACGGCGAUGUACUGAAGCCGUGCACCUGUUCUGGCGAUGAGGUGUUCCGAUGCGGUGACAAACCGGUGGCCAAUAUGAAGGAGAUAUUCGCCAAAUACGCCAAAACACUAAAAGACGACGACAAGGAGUUGGAGGCCAUUGUGAUAGAGGGUCCGGGCGUUACGGACAUACCGGAGGCCGUGUUCGGCGACAUCUAUUUCAAGCGCAUAUCGAUCCAGAAUUGUCCCAAUUUGAAGACAAUACACAAGAAUGCGUUCGCCGGCACCGACACAUUCACCCAAGAAGUCACGCUCUAUAAUCUGCCCAAAUUGGCCGCCACUCCCGCCGUGUCCUUUGAUUUGGUCAAUAAGUUUCAAAAGGUGGCCGUCGUUUGCAUCGGACACAUGGGUCUAAAGGAAAUACCGUCGAUGGCGUUCGGCGGACAGUCCGGAUCGAUUGUAUACCUAGCGAUCAACGGCACAGAGAUUACCAAAAUAGCGGACAAAGCGUUUUACAAUCUAAACGCGUUGACCGAAGUGCACAUCACCGACACAUCCAUCGCACAGAUCCCGAAGAAUGUGUUUGUGUUCAGCAAGAAGUCGGAGAUUCCCAUUGAGAUCUUACUGUACCGGAACCCGAAGCUCACGGCCACGGGUAUGGAUCCGUUGGCUUUCAUGAGUAUUGGCCGCCCGGCGGAGAUUGACUUCUCCGGCGAUCAUAUGGACCACGACAUGGACUUCAAGCAAAUGAAGGUUCUGGAGGAGAAUGUGUUCCACCCGUUCCUAAAGCUGGAUGAGGGCAAUAAGAUUGGUAUGAAAGGACAGCCCUUUGAUUGCGCUGAUUGUCAUAACGCGUGGCUCAAGAAGUCGCCCAAAAUGGCCGAAAGGGUCGAC